CACUCACACACUACACAAGCUUCAGAGGAACUUGAGUACGACUAGCAGGCAGCAUGUCUAAUAUCGCCAAAACUAUUUCUAGGAGGCAGGGUAGAGGAGAAGGAUUGGGAACAAACAAGAAGGCAAUUCCCUUCAACAAGCAGGACUACCAGACCCUGAAGCAGGAAUGCCUGGCGAAAAAAACCCUGUUCUGUGACCCGACCUUCCCUGCUGAAUCCAAUUCUCUGGGAUACAAUGAACUCGGACCGCAGUCCUCUCAGACCAGAGGAGUCCAGUGGAAGAGACCUAAGGAGAUCUGCUCAAACCCUCAGUUCAUUGUGGACGGAGCCACACGGACGGACAUCUGCCAAGGAGCUUUAGGUGACUGUUGGUUGAUGGCGGCUAUUGCAUCUUUGACUCUGGAAAAUGAGUUUUUGGAACGUGUAGUUUCUCCUGGACAGAGUUUUACAGAGAACUAUGCCGGCAUCUUUCACUUUCAGCUCUGGCAAUAUGGUGAAUGGGUGGAUGUUGUCAUUGAUGACCGACUGCCCACCAGAGAUGGAAGACUGCUGUUUGUUCGUUCAGCUAAUGGUUCGGAGUUCUGGAGUGCACUGUUGGAAAAGGCCUAUGCAAAGUAA